CUUGUUUCUUAUCAGUUGUUGAGUACAAUUUUUAAGUAACUAGCAAUUCUAAACAAGGUAUUUCUUUUAAACCAACUGUAUGAUUUUCUUCUUGUGGAAAGGAUGUUUACUGGGUGUAGUUGUGAGAUACUUAAUAUACCAGCUACAAACUUAUCUCUUUAUUUCUCUUGUGAGAAAUAAAACUUGUGAGUUUAAAUAAUUAAAGGUAUAGUUAAGCCUUAACAUCUUCUUUGAAAACAUCAAAAUGCAAAAUUUUCCAUAUGUGUCCAUACUGUAUGUGCAAAAUUAGUUCAUGCAUUUCGGAAACAAGUUGUAGGAAUGUAAAAAAAAACCCAAAACCCUAUUAUUUGUGGGCUGGGAAAGCAGUCUUUAGCUACAGUGACCAUCAGUGAUGGAAUUUGAAGCCCUUUUGAAUAAACUCUUUUCUAUGUUUAGUGGUGACAGGAAAUUAUUAUGUGGAUGUAUUGAGGGGUUGGACUUAUAUUUAUUUAUUUAUUUUAAUUUUUGGGUUGUGGUUGUGGAAAAGUCUCUUUACUGAUUGUCAGGUCCACAAUUUCUUUUUGAAUUAAAAUGUGAGAGUUGCCUGGGACCCUGAAAGCUUCAGUGAAUUCUUGGUCACACAGUUACUGUUUAAGAAGUAGGACUCAAACCUAGGUAUUCCUGACUCAUACAUCAUCACAUUGACUUAAGUUGCUGUUAAAAAAUUGAGAGAAUGGCUGUUGAUGGUGGGUGUGGGGACACUGGAGACUGGGACGGUCGCUGGAACCAUGUAAAGAAGUUCCUCGAGCGAUCUGGACCAUUCACACACCCUGAUUUCGAACCAAGCACUGAAUCUCUUCAGUUUUUGUUAGAUACUUGUAAAGUGCUAGUCAUUGGAGCAGGAGGAUUAGGAUGUGAACUCCUGAAAAAUCUGGCAUUGUCUGGUUUUAGACAAAUACAUGUAAUAGACAUGGACACCAUAGAUGUUUCCAACUUAAAUAGGCAGUUUUUGUUUAGGCCCAAGGAUGUCGGAAGAUCCAAAGCUGAAGUUGCUGCAGAAUUCCUAAACGACAGGAUCCCUAAUUGCGCUGUAGUUCCACAUUUCAACAAGAUUCAAAAUUUUGAUGAUACUUUCUAUAGACAAUUUCAUAUCAUUGUAUGUGGUCUGGACUCUAUUAUUGCUAGAAGAUGGAUAAAUGGCAUGCUGAUAUCACUUCUAAAUUAUGAAGAUGGUGUAUUAGAUCCAAGUUCCAUUAUUCCUUUGAUAGAUGGGGGAACAGAAGGUUUUAAAGGAAAUGCUAGGGUAAUUCUACCUGGAAUGACAGCUUGUAUUGAAUGUACACUGGAACUUUAUCCACCACAGGUUAAUUUCCCCAUGUGUACCAUUGCAUCUAUGCCCAGGCUCCCGGAACAUUGUAUUGAGUAUGCAAGAAUAUUACAGUGGCCCAAGGAACAGCCUUUUGGAGAGGGAGUUACGUUGGAUGGAGAUGAUCCUGAUCAUAUUCAGUGGAUUUUCCAAAAAUCACUAGAGAGAGCAUCACAAUUUAAUAUUAGAGGUGUUACCUAUAGGCUAACACAAGGGGUUGUAAAGAGAAUCAUUCCGGCUGUGGCUUCCACAAAUGCUGUCAUUGCAGCUGUGUGUGCCACUGAGGUUUUUAAAAUAGCUACAAGUGCAUAUAUUCCCCUUAAUAAUUACUUGGUAUUUAAUGAUGUAGAUGGACUGUACACAUAUACGUUUGAAGCAGAAAGAAAGGAGAAUUGCCCAGCUUGCAGCCAGCUUCCUCAAAAUAUCCAGUUUCCCCCAUCAGCUAAACUGCAAGAGGUUUUGGAUUAUCUAAUUAAUAAUGCCUCAUUACAGAUGAAAUCUCCAGCCAUCACAGCCACAUUAGAGGGAAAGAACAGAACGCUUUACUUACAGACAAUAACUUCCAUUGAAGAACGAACAAGGCCAAAUCUUUCUAAGACAUUAAAAGAGUUGGGCCUUGUGGAUGGACAAGAGCUUGCUGUUGCUGAUGUUACAACACCACAGACUGUACUGUUCAAACUUCAUUUUACCACUUAAGAACAAUAAAUAUACAUCUAAAAGAGGAUUGGAAUCUACCGCAAUAUUGUGCUCUAUGUGGAUGCUCAGAAUAACCUAAUUGAUGUCCCUUUUAGUAUUAGUGUUCAUAGAAUUUGACUCUUACAGUGGAUCACGCUUUCUUAUUCAGAACUGACCCUCCAAGCCAGAAUUUGGGGGGUGGUGUUUGUGAGUUUUCAUUAGUAUGUGGCUAAAGAGGCCUGGAAAGAGAGAUUCUGACUGAUUGUAGUGUUUCUGUUUCUGUUUAGAAGGCAAAGGCCAUCUUCUUGUACAUGAGGACUUUAAGAUGGUCAGAUGGUGUAAAUCUUUAGCUUUCAGUUGAAUAACCAUAUAUGCAAAAGAAUGUCCUUAAAGAAAAUUAAGAUAUUAAAUGCCAUUUUGUAAGUCAGAUAAAUAUAACCUGUGUGAAGAGUUAGGUACCUAUAACAUAUUGAAUUUAGGAUGUUUCCUGUUUGAAAGAAUAUUCAUUUGAUUUUGACUGUCUAAAUGAUUGUUAAGUAUUGUAAAGGGAUUCCAUUGUCCAUGGUGUUUUAUUAAGUGUUUCAGUUUAACAUCUGUGCAUGAAAGUGGAAAACAUUUUUAUGUGUAUAUUUGCUGUGCCAUGGUAGUUAAUAUGCACAGUGUUGAAGCCAGAAGCUCACUGAUGUUCUGUAAUAGAACUUAAUGUUUGAACAAUUAUCACUGAAUGUGUCAAACUAUUUCUUAAUAAAUCAUACCUGAUAGACUUUGA